AUGCGAAACCUCACCGCAGACUGCGCAAAGGUGAUCCUCACCCAGCUCACCAACACCAGCUUCGUCGAAGCCUGCGAGAUUGCGCUCGACACCCACGCCGACGCCCACUCGCACUCUGAGUCCAAUAUAAACGACCACCAUGGGCAUGGGCAUGGGCAUGAUAUGAUGGAGCAUAUAGAGCACUAUACGCCCAGUAUAUCGAUGAACGUCACCUUGUUUGUGAUUGCGUUGCUGUCGUUUCUGUCUUCGUUGGUUAUUGUUUUGAGUUGCAAGUUCAUGAGAUCUCUGAGGUACUAUAGGCACAAGGUCCUACCAGGCCUGGCAACCAGCGACAUGCUCCUAAGUCUCAACUUCCUCUUCAGCACCGCAUUCCAGAUGAGCGGCCGAGUCAUCAACCAGGAACACUACCCCAAGCUCUGCUCCACAAGCGGGUUCUUGACACAGCUGUUUGUUGUCCAAACCGAUUACUGGGCCCUAACCAUUGCAAUUAACACAUGGAUCAUGGUCGGCUGGGGCGGGAAAUAUGCCAAGUUCAUCCGUGACAGCGUGGGCGUGAUAUGGGCAAUCCCCUGGCUGCUUUCCAUCACCUGUGCUUCCGUCUCUCUGGCACUUGUGGGAUACGGUGAUGUUGGCGCCUGGUGCUGGUUCCAAAACGACGGAAUGUCUCUCUUUAUCAACUACAUCCCCCGUUGGACUAUCGUCUUUGUCAUCAUGACAAUCUACAUCUCUCUCUUCCGAUACAUCACCAAGUCCUCCGACUUUGACACCGACGAUAUGGAGUUCCAUCGCCGCAUCAGGGCGAGGGACGAUACGAUGGUGCGCGGCGGGGGAGAGAGCUUUGCGGAGGCGCCGGUCAAUUAUCAGGCUACGGAGAAGGAUUUACGUGCUGCCUCUUUCAGGAUGAUGAAGUAUCCGUUGGCGUGGGCUAUGAUUUGGAUUAUACCUACCUGCGUGCAUGUCUACCAUGCUUCUGGCGAACAAUGGGGAACUCCUCAGUGGUUGACUAUUCUGGAGAAGGCCUGUGUUGCAUCCCAAGGACUCAUCCACUGCAUCGUCUUCAGCUUUACCGAAGAUGUCUGGGAGCAUGUAGGCGACAACUGGAUCUCCAUGGGCGGCGUGACCGAGAUGGCCUGGAACCGCGAGGUCGACGAGGCCGAAAUGUACCGCCAUCGCUCUCCGGAAACUGUGGAGCUCCCUCCGAUGGCUGGGGGAAUGUUCUGA